GCCAGAGUCGCCGCGGGCUGCGACGCCACAAGCCGGACACGCGACCGGACCACGCUGUCGUGUCUGCCACUGACUCGGUAGGCCUCACCAGCGACGAGCUGACCGAGGGAAGGGAAGCGAGCAGACGAUGGCGGACACGGACAACGCGUACGACCAAGAGUUCCGGCGCCUGCGCAGGCUCACCAGCCGCUACGAAGUCCGGCAAAUAUCCUCUGAAUAUGGAUUAACAGAAGACCAAGUAGCAGAGUUUAAAGAGGCAUUCAUGCUGUUUGACAAGGAUGAAGAUGGCACCAUAACUAUGGCAGAACUGGGGGUUGUCAUGAGAUCACUAGGGCAAAGACCAACAGAGACAGAACUGCGUGAUAUGGUGAAUGAAGUGGACCAGGAUGGAAAUGGAACCAUUGAGUUUAAUGAAUUCCUGCAGAUGAUGUCAAAAAAGAUGAAGGGUGCAGAGGGCGAAGAUGAGCUCCGUGAAGCAUUCAAAGUGUUUGAUAAAAACAAUGAUGGUCUGAUCUCGAAUUCGGAGCUACGGCAUGUAAUGACAAACCUUGGAGAGAAGCUAUCUGAUGAAGAAGUUGAUGAUAUGAUUCGAGAGGCUGAUCUUGAUGGGGAUGGCAUGGUCAACUAUGAAGAAUUUGUAACUAUUCUGACAUCAAAGAAUUAGUCCAACUGCUCAGAAAGAUGUCAUGGAACUUGGACAGAAAGAACAGCAAGGCUCUCAGGAGGCACUGGAGUUUGUCCUGAAGUCACAUAUAUCUACCAGAAUUAUUAAGGAAUUAUGAUGCUAUGUUGUGUUUUAGUUGGGUAAUUCCCUUUUCUUAUGGAUAAGGGACUUAACAUUUUCAAGAGCUUCUGUGGUGGUUAUUGUACGACACCUUGUAUCAAUUAAUAUGAAUUGUAAAUGAAAUAAGUUUUUAACAAUACAUGAAAGUGUUUAUUAUGCUGCUAUAUUUUUUCUUACUGUGAGUGAUACCACACACAGAGCAAAGAAUAAGUUAUUAAACUACUAUGAUUUUAGAUUUUAUAACAAAAAAUAAUAGGCCAAACAAAGUUGUUUAACAGUGUUUUGUACAGUUAGUGCUGCAAAAUUUCAGGCAAUUUGACCAGGAUCAUUAUUAUUUUUAAUACAUGUAACUUAAGCUGCAAAAUAUACAUAAAAAUAAGAUACCAUUUUUAAAUAUGGUAACUGUAUGUUAAACACUGAGAAACAUGGAAAGUGCUGGUCACUACAAUACUGUGCUUGUGUUGGAGCCAGUGACAGUGUCACUCACCAUCUGUAAAAAUGUGGGGGCAACACAGUUAAAGGGAUGUGAAUGCCUCUUCUGAUUCCGUAUGGAAACUAGAGAUCAACACAGAUCUCGAAUGAGACUGAGUUAUCGCUCCUCAUCUGAAUCUCCAAUAGCACAUUUUACCAUUUCUCAUAGUUGGCAUGUGCCAAAGUUUGUUUGUGUAUUGUUAUUCCCUGAAUCAUUUAUUUAAUUAAUUUAUUAAACAUAUACCUCUUGAAAAUUUGAAACAAGAGCUCUGACAAAAAUAUGUUGUAAAUGUAUCAUUCUUAAGCAGUUAAAAGUAACUGAAUAGUUGUUGAUAGAUAGACAAUAACAUUGUUGAGGUUUUCUGUGGAUUUUGUUGAAAAUAUAAUGGAUGUACCAUUUUAUAGCUAUAUACAUAUGGCAUUUAGUUUCUAGUCUUUGGCUAUAUUUAUACAGUUGAAAACAGAGUUGAUUUACUUUAUAAUAUUGUACCCUGUUCCUUUAAGAUACAUGUCACUGUAUCCUGAGCAAUUGCUGAUGUGGAUUACAUUCUAUAUUUUAAGACAUUCUUACAGUCAUUUCUUUGCUCAAGGUAUCAUUAAUAUUUUCAGAUAAAUUGUGCAGGGAUAUUACGGGUUAAUUCAAAUUUUUAAUUGUUUAAAACCUUGUACCAUUAGCCAUUUAAUGUUUAUGUAUUAUACCAUCUUUAUGACACUUUUUAACCUCUGAAACCAAAAGAUAAUAUAAAUUUGGAAAUUAUCAACAGAUUUCUGCAAAUUCAUCUGAAAUCCAAUUUUAAGGGCUUUCUGAAAGGCAUUGUUAUGGAACACAGGGCAGGCAUUCCAGUAGUACACACACAGUUCUUGUACUUUGUUUAUGAUUAUUGUAUUAUAUAGCAUUUGAAAAUUUAUUAACGUAACCUUUCCUGAUGCUCACAAGCAGCAAUAAUUAAUUAUGAUUAGUUUUUAUGUGUUACAUAUAUCAGUUGUAAAUCACUCAUAAUUUACAUUCUUCUGAUUAUGAGUGGAAGAUCAUACUAUACUGGGUAUAACAUUUGAGCUUGGCAUUUCUAGAUGGUAAUUUAGAGGCAGAUCAAUAUGUUAGUGGCAACAGUUAGGGAGUAAUGUGUUCUUAAAUGUACAGUUAUAUUUACAGGAUGGAUCAGCAUGGUAACAUACACCCUUAGCACCCUUUUAAAGCUACCUGUAGAAAGAUGAUCUAAUUAAGAAAAUGUACCCAUCCAGCUUGUAUGCAACUUAAUACCCUAUCCCUCCAUAAUGCAAGAUAUUUAAGAUAUUUUUAAAUGUAUACUACAAAGUAGAAAAUGUGUGUAUGUUAAACGUAAAUUGUGUAAAAAUAUUGUGAUGCACUUCACUUCAGUCUUCAAAUAGUGUCCAAUUUCAGUUGUUAUUCUGUUCAUUCAAAAUCACUAUCCUUAAUCUGGUGGUCACAUGACUAACGUCUCCUUAUGAUUUUGAUGUAGUUGUCUUAUAGAAACAAGAUUGGUGUCCCUUCAUAAAUUCUGUUUCUAGUUUGAAUUUAGCUGUGGAACCAAUGAAUCUGUUAUUUGUUAGUGCAAUUGUGUUGUAGUCAAGUGUAGAUUGAUGUGAUAUGUUAGGCAGAACAAUGUGUACUUUUAAACAACAUAUAUUAAUUUCAGCAUGGACAAAGAAAGCACACUAAUGAGGAGAGUUGAACAGUUACUUGAACAUUUCUCCCAUUUCCACUUCAAGAGGGGGCACCUGUUAAAAUGAUACAGAAUUAUAACUUUUUGCACAUAGAAUUUCAUUUUAAAUGGGAUAAACACUUCCACGUUAGUGUUUCAUGACAAAAUCAAAUCCCUUUUCCUACGUUGAAAAAUUUUACUUUCUUCUUUGCAUUAUUUCUCUGUUUUGUUUAGUCCAGUUUCAAACUAAAACAAAUACAUGACAAAUACUUGCUGAACUGAUGAGCAGAACUCUAUAAAUUAGCUGGAAUUUAUAGAAAUAAUUCACAUUUCCAUUUAGCAUAAAUAACUAUAUUUUGGUUACAUUUUAUGAAGGUCAUACCAUAAAAUAUACAUCUGUGGGGGAAUAGUUUUAGAAUCCAGUACCACAUUAUAACAAAGGCAUUAUUCAUAGACAUACAUAAGUGCAUCCACUAUUUUAUCCUAGUAGUCUUAAUUAAUAUAGUUUUAUUCUGUUCAGAAAUACUUCAGCUACAACAUACUCAGUUCUACAUCAAUGCAACUAUAGAGAACAAGACAACAUCUAUUAAUUGGAUUAUAAGUAGAUCAAAUUUACUAUCUACUGAUUUAUUUUCUGUACCUAUAUGAGAAUUUCAUUAAAUGAUAGAAAAUUGUAUCUAGCAGGAAGCAUACUGAACUGGCCAAAAUCUUUUCAGUGAAGGCCUCGGAAUGGAACACCAUCUACCACUUUCACUUUCUUCCAAAUAUUCAAUCUUUUUAAGAACAUGUUUGACAGUCAAAAGUGUUUUAUACUUUGUUAAUUAGGAUGUGGGUACUAUAACCAAUUGCAUAUAGGGAACUGAACCAAAUUUCCAAAACAUGAAAAUGAGAAAUUCUGUUUCACACUGCUCCUUUUAACUAAUUCUCUGAAUUAGUCCACUUUCAGCUGAGCUGUAGAUAUCUAUUUUCAACAAAGUGUUGGUAAGUUUCACUUUCUGUGUGGAGCAGUUGUAAAACAGACUGAAUGUUACAGAUCAAAUGCAUGUUUGUAAUGCAUAUUUUAUUUCUAAAAUCUUUGUUACUAUGUUAAAUCAUUAUCAUUACAUAAUUGUGAGUACAUAUAUUUUGUUAACUGAUAUUUUAGUGUGAAAUCAUACAAGAUUAUAUUUUGCAUAUAUAAACUGCAUUAGUUCAGAAUAUUAAUGUGAUGAUAUAGAUAACAUACUUUUAUAGUAUCUUGGCACAAAGUCCAUAUAAGUGACCAGGCAGCCAACAUAAAAGUAUCCAUUCUCCCAAUUUAUCAUGGCAACAGUAAGAGAAGAGGAUUUCAGCUUAAGAUAUCUGUAGCCUUCUUUCCAAUGUCACCGUCCAUGUUAUUUUCUGAUGCUUACUAUAUUUCUUUCUUGGAAUAUUCAGGUCAAGAAACAUAUGAUUUUACAAUGUUUCAUGGAAGAGAAUUUAUUAAAGAAGUGUGUUAUUCUGUAAAAGAAGUGUGUAACAAUUUGUGGAAUCCUUAUUCGUAAAAGAUGUACAAGAAUUUUUUUAAGUUUUCAUUUGGGAUAAUAUGUAAAGAUAUGGAACUGUAUGUAAAAUUUUUGGGAUGUUUGAAAGUAAUUUUUAUAGAACAGUUCAUUGCAGUCAGCCAGGAAAUAUAACAGGGAAUAUACAUAAAUAUAAUAGAACAUGAUUUCAGUACUUAUAUAUAAAUUGCAGUAAGCAUUAAGUUUGACUACAGAUCUCCUGCUGAAGGAAUAUUGUUAGUUUACACAGAUGAAAAAUCUUGGAAACUGUUUCUCAAUAAAUGUCCUGCCUGAAUUGCUAAAUAAGGCAGCAAAUAAAGCAAAGUAAUUGAAAUACAUAAAUAUUAUCUCUAUUUGUUUAGUUUUGCUAAGGGCACUGUCAUACUUAUUUUUUUGUUGGUGUAAUUCCUAGCAAUGUCUUCCAAAAAUUAGUUUCUCCAUGGGUCUUUGUUUCUUGAUUGCAACAUGCUACCAAAUGUCAGUGUUAUUCACAUUUGGUAUUCCCUGUUAAAAAAGUAACAGACAUUUCCCACACCAGAAAAACUCUUGGAAAGAAACGCUUAAACCAGGCCACGGAAAAGAGCUGAUACUAUUGCAUUACUACCAUUGUACAGUUUUCAGUCAUUGUAAAUUUCAUACUGUUUCAUUGUUCAUUUUUAGUGUGCAAAAGAAAAAAAUACACAUGAAGUAAACUUAA